GCACCCCGGUCGGAAAUGGACCCAGAAGCUGGGAUUUAGGCAGGAGCAGGGCUAUUCCUGAUCAUUUCCAAGGCUGGAACACAGCCCGGGGUUUGCUGAGCGCCAGGGCUUUGGGAACGCCUCCUCGGAGGCCCGGGACCACAGGGGAGGUGACACCUGCUACAGGGCGAGGGGACAGAGGCGCCCGUGGCACCCGGGGGCUCACGGCUGCUGUGCAGCUGGUCCCCUGGGCCCGCUCACCUGGCAGGUGCUGUCUUCCCGCUGAGGCUGUAGCAUCCAUGCAGAAGGGGGUUCGUGGGAAGCCUGGAAUGGUGCCCCCUCCACCGGGAGAGGACAGCCAGACCGUUGUCCUUCCACCAGGCUGGCAGAGCUACUUAUCCCCUCAGGGCCGGCGCUACUAUGUCAACACAGCCACCAAUGAGACCACCUGGGAGCGCCCCAGCAGUUCUCCUGGGAUUCCAGCCAGCCCUGGCCCUCACAGAAGCUCUCUGCCUCUGACAGUGAAUGGACACCACACGCCGGGGACCCCCACGCUCCCUCCUGAGACUGCUCACAUGAGUGUCCGAAAAUCCGCCGGCGAUUCCCAGAACCUGGGAUCCUCGUCACCAGGCAAAAAGCAGAGCAAGGAGAACACCAUCACGAUAAACUGCGUGACAUUUCCUCACCCAGACACGAUGCCGGAGCAGCAGCUGCUCAAACCAACCGAAUGGAGCUACUGUGACUAUUUCUGGGCUGAUAAGAAGGACCCCCAAGGCAACGGGACCAUGGCUGGGUUUGAACUGCUGCUUCAGAAACAGCUGAAGGGCAAACAAAUGCAGAAGGAAAUGUCAGAGUUCAUCCGGGAAAGGAUAAAGAUUGAAGAAGAAUACGCAAAGAACUUAGCUAAGCUGUCUCAGAACUCCUUGGCUGCUCAGGAGGAGGGCUCCCUGGGAGAAGCGUGGGCGCAGGUGAAGAAGAGCCUUGCCGACGAGGCUGAAGUUCACCUCAAGUUCUCCGCCAAGCUUCACAGUGAGGUGGAGAAGCCCCUGAUGAACUUCCGCGAGAACUUCAAGAAGGACAUGAAAAAGUGUGACCACCACAUUGCGGACCUCCGCAAGCAGCUCGCCAGCCGCUAUGCCGCGGUGGAGAAGGCCCGGAAAGCCCUCACGGAGCGGCAGAGAGACCUGGAGGUGAAGACCCAGCAGCUGGAGGUAAAGCUGAGCAACAAGACGGAGGAGGACAUCAAGAAGGCGCGGAGGAAGUCCACGCAGGCGGGAGAUGACCUCAUGCGCUGUGUGGACCUCUACAACCAGGCCCAAUCCAAGUGGUUUGAAGAGAUGGUGACCACCACGUUGGAGCUGGAACGGCUGGAGGUGGAGAGGGUGGAGAUGAUCCGGCAGCAUCUGUGCCAGUACACGCAGCUGCGGCACGAGACGGACAUGUUCAACCAAAGCACAGUCGAGCCUGUGGACCAACUGCUGCGAAAAGUGGACCCAGCCAAAGACAGGGAGCUGUGGGUCAGAGAGCACAAGACAGGCAACAUCCGCCCCGUGGACAUGGAGAUCUAGACGCACGGCCUGGGGGGUCCUGCUGAGGAGGGGCUGGGGUCCCACGGAGAGGAGGUGGCGCUCCGGCCAGGGGGGGACCUGCUCCCAAGCGGAGCUGCCCUCCCACCCGCUCUCCUGGUCCACUGAGGAGAGGGGACAGUGAAGCCAGAAGGGCGGCCCGGAUGGCCCCAUGGGGAGCUCCCUGGUGUUCCCAGGCCAAGAAGAUGGAUCCAUAGCCCUGCCCUUGUCUCCGAGGCUGAAGCCCCCCAAGUCCCAUGCCGUGCUUGCCACUCCGAGAACAAACCGAGGCUGGAACUUUGUGGUCCCUGCUGAGCACCAGAGGGGUCCCCUCCCCACCCAGAGCCAGCUGUGUCACACGCUCGCGCCCCUGGAAGCCCCGAGGCCCUUCCUCCAGCCAGCCCACUUGUCUCCAGGGCUUUGGAGGGGCGGGGGAGAGAGGUCCCUGUCUCCAAGCCAAGUGUCAGCAUCAGAAUCGUGGAUAGAAGGCACCAUUCAGCUCAACAGCCCACACCCAGAAUCCUUUGCAGCAGCCCUCCCUCUUUGUUUUUUCCCAUUGCAUAUUCUGGGAGCCCACAUCCUGGCUCUUCUCUGCUACUUUUCAUCAUUGGGAGUCUUGGGAAGAAGGCCUGGCUCCUGUUUUCCCAGACUGACCCUGCCUGCAGAGGUCAGGAUGGAACUACCUCAUUCAGCAAAUUCGCCCCAAGUCGGAGCGUUGACUCGUGUUUCCAAUUAGAUCAGGCAUCAAUGUCACGUGCUCUCUCUGGGCGUCCCCGUCCACCCAGCCCACAGCCGCUUCCUCGGGGGAGCUCCCUCUUCCACCCUCGCUUGUCCUGGGGGCUGGGUCAGUUGCAUGUUGGAGAUGGGUUGGGGCAAGUGUCUGUCACCCCCCAGAUGGCUCCACCUGCCUACGCACAGCGGGGUCGGGACCACUGUCUCACGCAUGGCUCUCACUGGCAGGCACUGUGCAGACAUCGCAGACUCUCGUGGCCACAGUACAUGUCACCAUCCAGGCAGUCUGGCACCUUGGCCUCUCAGCUCCUUCUGCACGUUUCAAAGCCCCGCACGGAGCCCCUGCUUGGUGCUGCUACCCCCUUGCCCUUUCCCCAUCUCCCCAUUCCUGGGAGAGCCUGGUCUGAGUGUGACCUGGGAAGCUUUGGCACUGCCAUCGGGUCACUCGUCACUUUCUCCCUUACAUGUUAAAUCUUGAGAAUCAGCUUGAGGCCACAGGAGGAAGAAAAGGGCUGAAGGAGGUCAGACAACUUGCAAGGGGCACAUUCUAGCCUGGAACCCACACCCUGAGAACCCAUCUUUCUUGUUAAUCUUUCCCUUGAUUACUUUGGAUUCACAGGACUCACAUGUUUCUCGUAAGGGCAGACGUCUAAGAAGAUAACUCACUGGGCUUUCUCUCUGUCGUCCAUGCUGGUAACUGAUGACUUGUUAUUCUUGAAUCUUUUGGCACCUCUGCCUUUUGAGUCAGUAUGGCGCCCUCAUAGUUUCAGUAGAAAGAUGCCGAAUAGCCUAAAGUAAACUAAGCUUUGCCAGUUUUCUUAUUGAAACAUCCCAACCAGAAAGGUCAACAGGAAGGCCUUCACCAACAUGAAGGCCAUCAGGCCGAUCUGUGUCUGGCAUGGAGAACCACUCCUGGUCUGCAGUUGGGCCAUGACACCAGCUGCCAGUCUGGGGAUAUCAUUUCUUUGGUUUCUUUAUAAAAAAUCGGUGCUAGUAGUAAUUGCUUUGUGGCUUAGUAAACUAAUUUGUGGAUGGUUUUCCGACAUUCAAAGCCAAUAGCCUUGUUAUUAACACAGAUGCUUUGAGUGUGGUAUCGCUCAUUGAUUUUGUUUUCUCAUCCCCAUCUGAGGAUUCCAGAGUCUUCCGUUCUUCCCUGGGGCUCUCUUGCCUCUUUCAGGGUAGCCCAAGUUGGCCCUGUGUGGGCCAGUCUAUUUUCUGAAGUCAUUCUUUCCCCCCCCCAUCCUUUUCCCUCGGUUUCAUUAGCCCCUCCACAUCUUUUUCUUUUUUCUUCCCUCCUUUAUUCAUUCAUCAAGCAUUUAGCUGAGCCUGGGCAAUGUGCUAAGAUCUAGGGACAAGGUAUGGCCCUGUCAUCAGGGAAGCCCACAGUCUCUUGUUUUGUAUAGACUUGUCUUUUCUCCAGGGGUCUUGCAGGUCAGUAACUUUGGCAUUCACAUAUAGGUACUCUCUGCAGAAUUUAGGUUUGCAGAGAUACUGUCUGUUGUGCUGAUAGCUCUUCUUUCAUUCAUUCAUUCAUUCACUCAUUCAUUCAUUUAAUCAGCAGACACUUGGGGCAAGCCAGGCAUUGUGCCGGUACUAGAAAUGUAGCUGCAUACCAGACAGGCACUCCACCCCCGGCCCCCCCUCUAUUCUCCAUGUGGAAGGGGGAUGUUUUCAGACCUUUCUGGGGAAUGAGAACCUUGCACCCCUUCCACAUUUAACCCACUGGGAGCCUGUAAUCAUAAUACAAACUACUGCCAUGUGGCAUUUACCCAAGGACGGAAAAGCCAGGCAGCAACAAGAGUAUAAUCUCCCGGUCAGCCAGACCCUCAACGGCUCAUAUCCAACUCAAAUUUCAGAGAUUUGUUUUAAACAAUUCUUCUCACUGUACAAAGUGGAAGAAUGAAGCCCGAGGAUGGCCAGUGAGAGCCAUGAAAUGAACAGCGAAUUACAAGCAGGGCUCCCCAUGUGGGUGAAAUCAGAGUUAGGAUGAAGUCUGGAAUAUCUAAAAGCGUGCUUCGGAGGGGCCCUUGGCCCCGGUGGUGGUUUGGGUUUGGGCUUUGGCGUGUAGGUUAUAGGAGGGUCUGCCUGGCUUGAUUCAGGGUGCGUGGCCCCAGGCCAUCCUUGAGCACAUCCAUUGUUCCAUUUCUGAGGACAGGUGAGCCUCUUCUACCUGGGAGACACUGAGGCACUUCGUUUUGUCUGUGAUAGCCUGAUUUUUUACAAAAUAGUCUCUAAAACAAAAGUGAGUUGCCACGAAAACCUCCAGGAAAAGCUACUUGUUCCUCUCCAUUUUUUUUUCUAUUGCUUUUUUUUUUUUUACUGAUUUUUUUAUUCCAUGUCUUUAAAUUUUUUAAACAUUUACUUAAGAAUGCAUACACUGAUGAAAAAAGUAGUGCCGUUCUUAUAUCUUAUUUAUUUUUUUUAAAGAUUUUUUUUUUGAUGUGGACCAUUUUUUUUUAAAUAUUGAAUUUGUUACAAUAUUGCUUCCAUUUUAUGUUUUGGCUCUUUAGCCGGGAGGCAUGUGGGAUCUCAGCUCCAAAGCCCUGGCCAGCUGAGCCACAGGGACGGCUGCCCCGAGGUUCUGCCCGUGGGACCGCCUUGGGCCUCCUUUUACUGGGGAGGGUGGAUUGGGUUUCUGCAGUAGGAGACACUUCUCCCUUCACUGGGGCUGAUUAAUGAUCGAAGCAAAUAGAAACCAUACAACUCAGGAACCAGGGUUUUGUUUCUGUUCCCUUUGUGAAAACCAAUCCAUUACGAGAUUAGGGGAUGGGUGCAGAGAAAUCUUGGCGGAGCCAAAGUCCCUUCUUGGAAAUUCAAGCCUUGAAAUUCAAAGGACGUCAAAGACCUCAGCUUGUUUAAGUGAUUUUACUUCCAGCUGUGAGUGGCUUUGACAAGGAGAGUUUAAACAGGGUUCUGCAGACCUGCUGGUGAUUAUGUAGGUAGGGAAAACCUUGGACAAAUGUUAAGUGGGGCGCAGGUCAGCAGCAGGCUUCCUUAGCCAGCAUACUGUCUUUAUUUCCAUAAACCUCCUGGCCCCUACAAGUCCCCCUGCCUUUUCUUUUUAGAAGUUUAUUGAGAUCUUUGACAUUUGGUAUGGGGGGGCGGGGUUCAUUGACAUAAAGUAAAAUUCACCCUUUUGAAGUAUACGGUUCAGUGAAUUUUGACAAAGGUACACAGCCUUGUAACCAGCACCGAAGUCAACGUGAUAUUUCCAUCACUCCAAAACAUCCCCUCAGGCUCCUUUGAUGUCCAUCCACUCCUCCCACCCCCAGCACCUGGUGACCACUGAUGGAUUUUCUGACCCUGUAGAUUUGCCUUUUCUAGAAUGUCAUAGAAAUGGAGCCACAGUGUAGUAGCCUUCGAGUCUGGCCUCUGUCACUCGGCUCGUUGCCUCUGAGUCACCUUGUGGCUGGAUGUCAGUAGCUUGUCCCCUUAUAUCGCCGAGUAGCGGUCCGUUGCAUGGGUGCACCCCCGCUGCUUCCUUACUUUUAAAAUAAGUUGUCUGCCCCCGAAGUUCCUGGCCUGGGGUCUUAAGCUCGUGUGCACGGCUGCUUUCAGCCAGCUGCGCCCACGAGUGGUUCUUGGGGCUCACGCUUGCACUUUGGGAUCAUUUUAGGUUUUUGACAAUGCAGAAAGCUGCUGGGGUCGGGGGGAGGGGGCGGGCAGGGUCUCCACUGCCCUCCACUUCCGCUGGCAUCUCGGCUGGCAGUUCUACUUGCUUCUGGGGACCCUCCUUUCAACUUGCCCAGUCCCUGCCAUUUGGUGAGGGUUAGGGGGUGUGGAAGGUGGGAGGAGGGAGCGUGGAUGAGAAGGCAGGGAGCCCAUCACCACCCUUUCCUGGAUCUCUGUUCCUUCAUCGGCAAACUGAAGGUGUUCGUUCUAGACGGUCUCCCAGGCCUCCUCCAGCUGCUGAAUUCUGUCUCCUCCCCUUGUCACUUCCAGCUUUGUACCCUGUGCCCACGUCAUGCCCAAUCUGUGUCCCGUCAGCACGGCUGUGUGUGAUGUCACCUAACACCCUCAUGAGAGGGGUACCCAGGCGCGUCUCUGUUCAGACACAAAAACUUAAGAGUUUCAUGAGCUGUUGAGAAUGAGGUAGUUCCUCCUUGGACCCCUAAAGAAAGCAGAAGUCAUGACCUUUCAUGCACCGAUUUUUGACACCAUGUCCUGAAAGUCACUUCCAAGGAGCAAAAACAGGCAUGAAGACACAGCUCCCUCCCUUCAGGUUCUUGUCACUGCCGGAGCCUCGCUCGCCUGGCCUGUGCCCUCACCGUACUGGAUGGUGAGCGAGAGGGCCCCAGCCAGCUGACACUGGGCAGCUCGGGGCCUGACCCCCAAGGUAACAACUCCCCCGAGCGCAUCUUGAUCGUGCCCUGCUCAGUGGAAGUUGAGCCCCGGAAGGCAACCAGGCAAACGGAAGACAUUCUUGGGCCCAGGCCAGGUGAAGGUAUGGGCCGUGGAGCCCAAGUCACAGGGUCCCACGCUGCCAGGGACCAUGACAGACUUUCACACCAUGAAAGUCAUUUCUGUCGGGCCUUUCCUGAAAGUGAGGGACCCAACUCCCCUUUCCUGGUUUGAGUGAGACCAAGACAAGUGACAGAAACCCAUGUUCCAUUUCCCCUAACCCUCUAGAUGCUGGGGCGUGGCUGUUGGGUGCCUUUGUUGGGAGGUGCCUCUGAGGGAGAGGGGUUGUGAUGAACUUGGAUCUCUAUGCGCUGUUCAGGGGAAUUGACCCUUUGCGUUUGAGGGAAAUCCCUAAUGGGAUUGCAGCGGUGGGAUGCAGGGGGUCAGGCACAUGCGUGCUCUUGGGGACACCAGGACAUGGGGAUGAGGAAGGAAAGCAUAUGGUACCAGGGUAAGAGCACCAGACUGGCCCUGCUCUGCUGUCUCAUUUGUCCCAUAACCUGAAGUGAAGUCACAUCCCCUCCCGGGACCUGUGUGUUACCGAGUGGAGAUACUCCUAUCUGGCGCCACACGCGGCCGCAGACUGGCUCUCGGGACUGUGGCCUCCAGGCAGCUGUGCGGACCCAGGGACAGUCAGUCAAAGGGACACCAGCCAUCCUUGGUGACAGGGGCCCCAAAAUUGCAUCUCUGCCCUUAGGAAGGAGAUGAAGGGGGUGGGCAGCCCUUUCACAAACAUGAGCACAUCAGCAAACCCCAUGAAAGCGGAAUUUUCUAACAAAUAAACUUGCUUGUUUGCUCUGUUUUCUGUAACUUUUGCUAAAUACUUUAUACAUUUUUAACGUUAAAAAGCGGUGUCUCCUCCAGCAUUCCUCAUCCCAGAACGAAUGUGUUUACUCCACAUUGUAUAUCCUUCCAUCCCCUGGCUGCCUAGAUCAGUAAAUAAAAUUGAUGUACUAUAAUUUAUAAGUAACACUGUUGAACUCUGAUCCCUAUGGAGGCUGUAACCCACCCCUCCCACCCUGUCCCCACGCCCCCCCCCCAGCCCCGUAAUAGCAUUUGUGUGUAUUAAUGCUGAAAAAUUAAAUGUUUAAAGGGUUUAAAUUUUGAAGGCGUUUGCUAUAUAUAAUUGUUCUGCAUUAUUA